GGUUUUCGCGGGAAACUACACUCGUGCAAUAUUCACACACAUUUUGUACACAAAAUAAAUGGAGAAGACGGGUUGCUAGCUAGGCAUGCGACUCUUGCGAUGAGUUGUCCAGUGGCAUUAAUGAGUCAGAAUGUCGUCACAUUUUAGCUGAAUAGGUCUAAUUUGCCAAAGUACAUCCAAAUCGAUGUCGAACACUACAGCUGAAGCAUAACUCUGAAGUGAAGGAGCAUUUCAACAUGGCAUCAACUCAAAUUGAUUCAGAUCUGGCAAGCUGCUCAUAUCAGCUCUCUCCAAAUAACAAACUACCUAAAAAUGCACCCAACCAGCCAGAAGAGGCAACAGAUAGGCCUAAACCCCAAGCAUCACCCAAACGACCAAUCAGGGAUGCAGUAGCUGCUGCAAAGCUCAACAGCGCUCUUCUCCCCGCCAAGGUGACAAGAAUAGGUGCAUCGCCGAAAAGGAUGAAAAAGGAAGGCUCAUGGAGAGGGGAUGAGAGUGCAAUAAAGAAACCUAGUCCAACCAAGAGUGAUAAAAGUGAAGACCAGGACCAAAGUGCCAGUGGGGAAUCGUUCAAGGACUCGGAAUACACAGAAGGUCUAGAUGUGCUUGCUCGUUGGAGUGAUGGCCUUUUCUAUCUAGGAACUGUCACAAAGGUUGAUAAAGAACAUGAGCGUUGUAUGGUAUCUUUCGAGGACGAAUCUGAGUUCUGGGUGCUCUACAAAGAUCUGCAGAAGGCCCACACCCAGAACGAGGAUCAGGACAUCACUUGCUUUAUGUGCAAUGAUGGAAGGUCAGAGUUCCCCAAUGAAAUCGUCAUCUGUGACAGAUGUGGUCGAGGAUACCAUCAACAAUGUCAUAGUCCAGCCAUAGAAGGAUCUAUUCUACAGAAUGAAGAUGAGCCAUGGCACUGUAGACCAUGUGUUUUUGUCAACUCAGUCAAGGUUGGUGGUGCUUUAAAGAAAGGCCCAGCUGCCAAAGCAUUUCAAGAAGUAAAGAAAACUCUUCCUUACAAAAUUGAGAGUAUUCACUGGGAUGCUGGUCACAAGACUAAUACAGAGCAAUGUUAUUGCUAUUGUGGUGGCCCAGGAGAGUGGUAUCUGAAGAUGCUUCAGUGUUGCCGUUGCAGACAGUGGUUCCAUGAAGCUUGCGUCCAGUGUAUAGAGAUUCCGAUGAUGUAUGGCGAUAGGUUCUAUAUAUUUGUAUGUUCUGUGUGCAAUCGAGGUCCAGAGUAUAUCAAGAGGCUUCCUCUAAAGUGGACGGACCUUGCUCAACUGGUGCUUUACCAACUCACUCUGUUACACAAGAAGAAGUACUAUGAUUUUGAAGAGGAGAUUUUACCCAAUCUGACACAGAAUUGGGGCAAUUAUCAAGUACCUCAUCUAUCUGAAACAACUCGAUCCGAGAAGCAAGAAAGAAUGCUAAAUGCACUCCAGAGCUCAAAGAUGAGAUUCUGUGGAAAGAACGAUAACCAGGUCGGAAAAGCAGCAGAGAAUACUGUAUUUGUUUGCGGAAAAGAAGUCAAGAAGAAAAAGAACCUCUGGGGGUUACGGGUCCGCACCCCUCCAGUCUCGCCAACCAUCGUCUUGCCUGCCAUUGGUCAGAUCACUGAUGAUGUCAUGAAUGACAUGAAGAUGACGGGGAAGAAGGUUGUGACCUUUCAGCCAGUCCAGAGUUUAUCUCCUGUGCCAUUGGAAAGGAGAAGGAAACAGAAAGGUCUAACUCCAGAAGAGAUCAUGCGCAAGUCUAAGAAAGCUCGUAAACUCUAUUUACAGGCAACGAGUAAUAAAAUCGGUGACCCUCUGACAAGUCCAAACCAGUCCUAUAAAGGCUAUGGUGGUGGAAUGUGUACAGGACUUACUGUUGUGGCAGGUGGCUGCUCCGUCCUUGAUAUGAUACCCCCUCUGGAAAUGGUACCCUUGGGCAACAACGUUGUCCCGUGCUCAAUGACUCUCUCCUCGCACAGCAGCAGCGACGGAAGCUUGCAAAAUGGUGCAGGACCUAGCAACGGCCAAAUGAACCAAUAUGGCCGUCUGCUCUCAGAACAAUCGAUGGGCAAGAAGCGCAGGGGCAGGAAACGGAAACGAAGGCCCAGCUCCGAGAAUCUGGACGAUGAUACUAGUAAUGAUAGCCAGACGCCUGAGGUUAGUGAUAGUCUCAGAGACACAGAUUCAGAAAUCAAACUAUUAACUCAACAAAGUCCGAGCAAGACGAAAGUGAAUGGCAUCACCGAAGCUGUUUCACCGUUUGGAAUCAUGCACUCUGUUUCAUCGUACUUUGGUGCUGAAGGACGUAUUGCUUGCGGUGAGGGCUACAAGGUGCUUGGGAAGCGCAUCUGUGUCGACGGCAAGGUGCAGUACUUGAUCCAGUGGGAAGGGAGCUCACCGUAAUCCAUAAGCCCUGUGCCUUUUUUGAAAAGAGAAAGUUGCAUCCUGAAGAAAACUGCUCUUUGAGCCCUGAUGAUCUCUAUGAUGGAAGAGGAACUGCAAAGGAGUUUGAGGAAUAUGGCUGUUAAACUUUCCAUUCUUAUAGCAGUAUUGGCAUCAAUGUACCAUAUGGAAUAUAUGCAAUUGAAAGAGCAACACUAUGCCUAUUGACCACCAUAAAGCACUUUCCAAUAUGCAUAUGAGUGAGAAAAGCGUGCAACAUAAUAGAAAGAUUGGCUUAUAGAUGCAAAAUGGCAUAUUAAUGGGGUAUUCAGGGCUUCCAUAUAAGUAAAAAAAUAUGUAAAAGUAAGAAGGUAUCAUGAUGCAUAUAUAGAGGAAUUCAUUGCCUUGGGCAUUUGGUGACGCGGCAUUAUCAUUUAGCUGCAUCAUAAUGUUGAUACGGACAGUGCAUACCUGUCGAACAUAGAUUGGCUUUAGCAAGUCUUCUUAAACAUUGUAGAAUACCAUGAUGAGAUCUACUCGGUCCACUUUCCUUUACAGUACCCAUUUAACCCUAAUAAAGACUGGAGGGGGGCUGAUUCGGCCCCCUCUUAACGUGAUAAAUCUGCUGCGCAAAAUGUUUUGACCGCUUCACUCGCUGACUUUAAACUUUCCAGGCUUGCGCAACUUUUGAGAUCAAAAUUGCGACCCCAGGAUACGCGGUUCUGAAAUUAGGUAACAUUUCGUGAGUGCAUGCAGUUCCAAAAUUGCUCAAAAAUGUGAAUUUGUGUUCAAAUCUAAUGCAAUUGCAAAUAGUGUUUUUAGCCAAAAUUCAUAA